AUGCGUGUAUUUGCGUAUGUAUUUGAUUUAGAGGCUGAGAAUCAUCAGAACUGUAAUACUGCCACAGCAGACAAAAAUGUUACUAAAACUGCUAAAACAACUGCAACUGAAGAUAAUAAUAUAGAAGCCAUAACAGCGGUAAAACCAAUUCCAGCUCCACGAAAUAUAAAUGGCCGACAAAAACCAUCGUUGUUACCAAAACCAAAGUUAAAAAAUGAUUGGAAAAAUCAUCAACAGUGUUGUCCAAAAGCUGAAAACAAACUGAAUAGCGGCAACAACAAAAAGGAUAUUUGUACGGAUGAGAAUGAAAAUAUUGCAAAUCCUGAAGUGUUGACAACUGUUAUACCAAUUGAAAAAUUGGCAACCGAUAAAGCAAAAUGUUCAUUAAAAUGUUCAACGGCAGCAGCAAAUAUCACAGAAAAUUGUGCUCCUUCAACAUCAAAAUUAAAUUGCUUAACAGAAAACAAUACUACCGUUGCUACAACAGUAUCUUCGGCUAUUGCUCAGCCACCGUCGGUUAUUCCCAUAAUCGUCAAUCACGACGACAAAAUUUGUGAUAGUUCAUCGAUGGCUUCAGCUAAGACCACAUCAGUUGUACAACAGCAGUCAGUUGUUUCUACAAAUGACGAUCAUAACAGUGGUACAGUUGAUAAUGCUUCGGAUUCCAAGGUUUUAAGCUGUUUGGAACAACAGCAAAAAUGUAGUUCAUCGGAAACUGGUCACUAUUUGCGACUGACACGAAGGCCAAAGGUUACAGUCACAGAAUGUUCCACAGAAAUCGACAAUGACAAAGUCAAUGUAAUUGUUGUUGUUGUUGUUGUUCAAUUAAAAUGA